UCAUUAAUAUUUAAAAUUUUUCUCAAGGUUCGCAGAGUCAGCCCAAUAAGGUCUAUUGGGCCAUAAAAGCUCCGAUUGACCCAAAAUGGAACUACUAAAAGCCCACACCCAGUUCGGCACCUGCCUCAAAAUCAGCUUGGCGCCAUCAGCGAAACCUCCUACCCGCUGUGCUCAGUGCUCUUGCUGCUUCUCAAAUCUCAGUCGAGGGAUCCUGAACUUGAAUUCUCCGGCUAGACAGAUAGCGAGAGUGUGUGAAAAGAUGACAGAGGUGGUAUCUCUUAUGGACAUUGACGAAGAUGAGAACCAGAACCGUAAUCAAAACCAUUCCUUGAAAUCAAACAAGGGCAAAAACGUCGUCGUUGCUGGCACUACGCCUGAUGCUAAAGCCACUCCCUGGGUGGAGAAGUAUCGCCCUCAGUCACUCGCCGACGUAGCUGCUCAUCGCGACAUUGUUGAUACCAUUGAUAGGCUUACCAGUGAAAACAGAUUGCCCCACCUCCUACUGUAUGGCCCUCCUGGCACUGGAAAAACAUCAACUAUUCUUGCUGUUGCACGUAAACUGUAUGGGGCACAGUACCAUAAUAUGAUCUUGGAGCUGAAUGCAUCAGAUGACAGGGGAAUUGAUGUAGUGCGACAGCAGAUACAAGAUUUUGCUAGCACUCAGAGCUUCUCAUUUGGGACAAAGUCAUUUGUAAAGUUGGUCUUACUAGAUGAGUCAGAUGCCAUGACUAAAGAUGCCCAAUUUGCCCUGCGUAGAGUGAUUGAGAAAUACACCAAGAACACUCGGUUUGCACUCAUCUGCAAUCAUGUGAACAAAAUUAUUCCGGCACUGCAAUCUAGAUGUACUCGAUUUCGAUUUGCUCCUCUCGAUCCUAUACAUGUUACUGAACGACUUAAACAUGUUAUAGAGGCUGAAGGGCUUGAUGUACCUGAAAGUGGCUUGCAAGCACUUGUACGACUUAGCAAUGGUGAUAUGAGGAAGGCCUUGAACAUAUUACAGUCAACACACAUGGCUUCUCAGCAAAUUACAGAAGAAGCUGUAUACCUUUGCACUGGAAAUCCAUUGCCCAGAGACGUUGAGCAAAUAUCUUACUGGCUUCUAAAUGAAUCAUUUGCAGAAAGUUUCAAACGAAUUUCUGAAAUCAAGAUGAGGAAAGGAUUAGCAUUGGUGGAUAUUGUGAGAGAAGUGACUAUGUUUGUUUUCAAGAUUAAGAUGCCAUCAGAUGUCAGAAUUCAUUUGAUCAAUGACAUGGCUGAUAUAGAGUACAGGUUGAGUUUUGGGUGCAAUGAUAAGUUGCAAUUGGGGUCACUUAUUGCUUCUUUCACGCGGGCUCGAUCUGCUCUGGUUGCUGCUGCUGUAAUUCUUCAGCUUAUGGACGAAUUCGCAUUUCGCUAGGAGAUUCUCCACUCCUGCUUUUGUUAACUUCUACCACUACCUCCAUUUUAAUUCUCUCAAAACCCGAUUGGAGAAAAAACUGAAUAUCCAACUAUCGAGGCAUAAUCAAAGCGAACAGGGAAUGAUGCCAUAGUGAACUGCUUGCCACCUAUAAAAGAAGAAACUUGGUGGAGGGUAGUGCAUUAUGGUAGUUCGAGGAGGCGUCCCUCAGCCCUGACUCUAAGCUACCCUUGAUGAUCUUGCCCCUUCCGCUGCAGGGUUGGAGAAUCAUUGUUCUUGCCCCAGAUUGUUUUGGGUUCCGCAAGGGCAUUUUAUGCUUGAUCUGAAUACUUUUACUAUAUUACAAUUUUCUCAUCUAA